UUUUGCUUUCUUUAGCUCUUCCAUGGCUUCUCGCGUCGCAUAACGAUCAACGGCGACCUCUCUUCUCCUCCGGAAACAUUCCUACGAUCCGCCCCGAAACCGCCAAUCGCAGCUAUGGCCCGCCGAUCGGUCGCCAAAUCGCUCCUCAACCACCUCCUCUCGCCGAAAUCGGAGCCCUGCUCCCGCUUCACGGCUUCCCGAUCUGUCACCUACAUGCCGCGGCCCGGCGACGGUGCCCCGAGGCCGGUGACGCUGAUCCCCGGAGACGGAAUCGGCCCCCUCGUGACAGAGGCCGUGGAGCAGGUGAUGGCGGCUAUGCACGCCCCGGUGUACUUCGAGAAGUACGACAUCCACGGGGACAUGAGCCGCGUACCACAGGAGGUGAUCGACUCGAUCCGGAAGAACAAGGUCUGCCUUAAAGGAGGGCUGAAGACUCCUGUCGGAGGCGGUGUUAACUCCUUGAACCUCCAGCUGAGGAAGGAGCUCGAUCUGUAUGCGUCGCUGGUGAACUGCUGCAACCUCCCGGGACUUCCCACUCGGCACGAGAACGUCGACAUCGUCGUGAUUAGGGAGAAUACCGAGGGCGAAUAUGCGGGGCUCGAGCAUGAGGUCGUUCCCGGUGUCGUGGAGAGCCUCAAGGUAAUAACAAAGUUCUGUUCCGAGCGUAUUGCACAAUAUGCUUUCGAGUAUGCCUACCUGAACAACCGAAAGAAAGUGACUGCUGUGCACAAAGCAAACAUAAUGAAGCUCGCAGAUGGUUUGUUUUUGGAAUCUUGCCGAGAGGUUGCCACCAGAUAUCCCGGGAUCAAGUACAAUGAGAUUAUCGUUGACAACUGUUGCAUGCAACUUGUUUCAAAGCCUGAGCAGUUUGAUGUCAUGGUAACGCCGAACUUGUACGGGAAUUUGGUGGCAAACACAGCGGCUGGCAUAGCUGGUGGAACUGGAUUCAUGCCUGGAGGAAAUGUUGGAGCCGAUCAUGCUAUCUUCGAGCAGGGAGCUUCAGCAGGCAACGUGGGGAACAACAAGAUAUUGGAUCAGAAGAAAGCCAAUCCCGUGGCCCUGCUUCUGUCUUCAGCUAUGAUGCUUCGGCAUCUCCAGUUCCCUUCCUUUGCUGAUCGGUUAGAGACUGCCGUGAAGCGAGUGAUCUUGGAGGGCAAGUACCGGACCAAGGACCUCGGAGGAGACAGCACCACCCAAGAGGUUGUUGAUGCGGUCGUAGCAAAUUUGGACUGAUCGGAAGGAAGAUAAGACUGCACUAAAUCCCUUACCUUCCCGCAAAGAAUUUAUUGACCGGGCAAGGAUUCCUUUAUAGCAUUACCUCCAUUUUUCGUAUAUCUCUCCAUUGAUUGUUUGGGAUGCACUUCCCUCCAUGAAUUUUUGUUGAAUAAUCAAAGUGCAAUUUGAUGAACGAAAUCGUUCAUAUUUAAUCUUUGUAUCUUUAAGGAGCGA